GUAUUAUUUGUUUCUGCAUUCGCAUUCGCAUUCGCAUUCGAAAUCUAAACAAACAAACAAACAAAAGCCAUGGAUUCAUUCGCUUCGUUCUUCGAUUCAACACCUCGAUGGAAUUUCAAUACUCUCAAAAACUUCAAUCAGAUUUCUCCUCGCGUUCAGAAUCACCUCAAACAGGUUUAUUUGACCUUGUGUUUUGCUGUGGCCGCUGCUGCUGUUGGAGCUUACCUCCAUGUCCUUCUCAACAUUGGUGGUAUUCUUACCGCAAUUGCGUGCUUGGGAAUUAGUGUUUGGUUACUCUCAACACCUCCUUUUGAAGAGCGAAAGAGGUUGACUUUGUUGAUGGCCGCGGCACUGUUUCAGGGUGCCUCUAUUGGACCCUUGAUUGAUUUCGCUAUUCAAGUCGAUCCAAGCAUCAUCUUCAGUUCAUUUGUCGCAACUGCCUUGGCUUUCGGGUGUUUCUCUGGAGCAGCUUUGGUUGCUAAGCGUAGGGAGUACCUCUACCUUGGUGGCUUUGUUUCUUCUGGGUUGUCCAUUCUUAUGUGGUUGCACUUUGCUUCUGCCAUCUUUGGAGGUUCAAUGGCUCUCUUUAAGUUUGAGUUGUAUUUUGGGCUUUUGGUGUUUGUGGGUUACAUUGUAGUAGACACGCAGGAAAUAGUUGAGAAGGCACACUUUGGCGAUCUCGAUUAUGUGAAGCAUGCUCUGACCUUGUUUACUGAUUUGGUUGCAGUUUUUGUCCGGAUUCUAGCCAUCAUUUUGAAUAGCAAGAGGGCUGAGGAGGAGAAGAAGAAAAAGAAGAGAAGAGAAUAAUUUUCUUACCAAUCAAACUUGUUUGACUCGUAUCCUGUAAUCUUUGGAUGAUAGUAAGAUACAAUAACAGUUGUUUGAAGAGUGUUCUCAACGUCUUGAACUUGGUCCCACUGUGCAGUUAGUCAUGUUUCUGCUUUAUAACACAUGUUGACAUGUUAUUUUAGUUUUCUAAUAAAAGAGGUUAUUACGUACGAUUAUUUUUUAAGAUUAGGGCCACACGAUUUUUUUAAGACGGGUCAAACUGGAUGCUAUUAUGGGGUUUUUUCCUUCAUGAAUUAGAAGGAAUUCUUGUAGUUUGGUAUAUAAACAAUUGUUAACAGAUGUUGUGUUUUAAAACUUUUUUAGUCCA